GGCAGGGCUGGUAAUAACAGGGAAGUGUUUAGACUGUGAGCUCUCGCUACACCCUGAACUCAGCCACCUUCAGGGGUACAAAACAACAGUGACCUGACUGAAGGAUCAUAAGUGGGCAGUGGGACAAGAAGAUUCAUCUCAAGAAGAGCAGAUCCUUGGAGAACUGUGUGCAUUCUUACAAGCAGCAGCUGGUCUCUGCACACCAGGAAGUGUUCCAGAUUUUCGCUGUUUUGAGCAUGUCUCUGCAUCUCAUGGUCAGAUGACUAUUUAACCCUAUAACACUAUAAUAUUCAGCAUUGUGCUUUCACUCGUGGUCAAAAGUUUCCCUUAAACCUGAAUACGACUUAUUGUGUGGACUUCUUGUUUCCAUGACAGACAGCGGUGACUUAUUCCAAGCAGCUGACCAAAGCUCCUCUUGGAAGCCACAAGAUCAUCUUGACAUCUGCUUAGCAACUUAAGGACACCCCUAGAGUCCGUGGGUAAAAUGGUUGGAGGAGUUCUAAUGAGUAUUGUGCUUGAAAAUGAGAGGAAAUACGGCUACGCUGCAGGAGAAUCUGUAUCUGGACAGGUGAUUCUGGAGCUUCUGGAAGAUACUCAAGUGUUAGGGCUUCAACUUCAUGCACGUGGGGGAGCAUUCACAUCCUUUACGGUGAAGAGAGGAGGAGAAUGGGUUGAAUGUCUGAAUAAGGAGAUCACCUUACUGUCAUCAUCCGCAGGUGAAACCCACAUGUUUACAGCUGGGAAUCACAAACUUCCCUUUCAUCUCCAGCUUCCUAAUGGACCACUGGUCACCUCUUUUACUGGUAAAUAUGGCAGGGUGCAGUAUCGGCUCACUGCUGUUUUGGAAAGACCCCUAGUGCCUGCUUACAGUGUCCACCGUGAGCUGCGCGUCAACAGCCGCAUUGAUGUCAACUCUCCACCACUUCUUACACCUGUACAACUAUCUAAAGAGAAAAUGGUUGGCUGCUGGCUGUGCACCUCGGGACCAAUUUCUUUAAAUGCCAAAAUUGGGAGAAAAGGAUAUUGUAAUGGAGAAGCCAUACCCAUCUAUGCAGAAAUUGAAAAUGGAUCAUCACGAUUAGUGGUUCCCAAAGCUGCUAUAUUCCAAGUUCAAAGGUUCUUUGUCCACGGGAAGAUGAAAACCUAUAGACAAAUGUUGGCCAGAGUGCGCGGGAAUCAUAUAGCAUCUGGAAGCACUGAGAUCUGGAAUGGAAAGAUGCUGAAAAUACCCCCAAUAACACCAACAAUUACAGACUGUCCCAUCAUCCGUGUAGAGUAUGUACUAGCGGUCUACAUACACAUUCCUGGUGCAAAAAAGCUGAUGGUGGAACUACCUCUAGUUAUUGGCACAGUCCCAUUUAAUGGAUUCUUGUACAGGAAUUUAAGCAGUGCCAGCCAGUUUACUGUAGACAUGAGCUGGCUCGCCUUAACACUGCCAGAGCAGCCAGAAGCACCACCAAAUUAUGCUGAUAUCGUGUCAGAAGAAGAACUUUCUUGGAGAUCCCCUAUAGGCAUCAACCAAAGCGAUUUAAUUGAAGGAUCUCACGUUCCACCAUUUACCAUGAUCCAGGAGUUCAGGUUCCAACCACCGCCACUGUAUUCAGAGGUAGAUCCCCAUCCUGACAACCGCACCCCAGAACAGAGGACGGCCUCAUUUAUCCUGUAAUAAUGACGGCCACUUUACGUUUAAUAUGAUCUCGAGGACGGGGCGAAUACUUUUUACAUACUGUAGUCUGGCAUAUGUCGUAGAUGUUUCCUAAGAAGUUCCUUGUUCUUUUGAGAACGAGAUCGCUUUGAAAAAGUAAAAAAUCUGUGAAAGUUGGCUACAAAAGUGCAGCAGAAUGGAGAGCCGCUUCUGAAGUCCUCCUCGUGACCGUUUUAUUAUUUUAAGGUUGUAAUAUAAGUAACAGUGUAUUAUAUAGAAGCAGAAGCUCAGGGAAUAUACAGCAUACUCUGACCUGCUGUA